AUGGUGACUGAAGAAGACGAUGUUUCGUCCACGUCUAGAUGUAAGGAUGCUGAAGAAUUGACAGUGAUGAGUGAUGUUAAGACAAUCACUGAUGAUGCCGGGGUAGUUGUUGAUGUUGCCGAUGCUUCAGCAGCUGCCAAGAAGAAAAAAAAGAAAAAAAAGAAGAAGAAAACCGAAGAAGGAGCUGUUGCCAAUGAAGAUGAAAAUGAGGUUGAUAAAAUUGCAGAAAAAUUAGGAAAUACUUUGAAUGAUAAAAAUGAUACUGAAACUGCUGGAGAUGCCAGUUCAACCAGCAAGAAGAAGAAAAAGAAGAAAAAAUCAGCAGCUGCUUCAGCAGGAGACACACCGGCUCCUUCAGCUCCACCAGGGGUUAAAAAGCAGACUGUGCCCCCAUCUGUUCCUAUUGUGGAGCUAUUCCCUGAUGGUAAUGUUCCUGCUGGCCAAGAAACUGAGUAUCCCACACCAAAGCAUCCUCUUGAUCAUCGAACAGCUAAAGAUCGAUUCACAAGUGCAGAGAAAAGAGCCCUGGACAGGGCUCAUGAGAAUAUUUACCAGGAGAUUCGUACUGCAGCUGAAGCACAUCGGCAGACACGGUUGUACAUGAAAGAUUAUAUCAAGCCUGGAAUGAAGAUGAUUGAUAUUUGCGAAACCUUAGAAGGAAUAGCAAGGAAAUUAAUCAAUGAAAAAGGUUUGGAAGCUGGUUUGGCUUUUCCAACCGGUUGUUCAUUGAAUCACUGUGCUGCUCAUUACACUCCAAAUGCUGGCGACAACACAGUUCUGCAAUAUGAUGAUGUAUGUAAGAUUGAUUUUGGAACGCAUGUCAAUGGUCACAUAAUUGACUGUGCCUUUACAUUAACCUUUAACCCCAAAUAUGAUGACCUGAUAAAGGCUGUGCAAGAUGCCACAGAGACUGGCAUAAGGGAAGCUGGCAUAGAUGUCAGGCUGUGUGACAUCGGAGAGGCUAUCCAAGAAGUCAUGGAAUCUUAUGAAGUGGAAUUGGAUGGGAAAACUUAUCAAGUGAAGUCUAUUCGUAAUUUGAAUGGUCACAUGAUAGGUCCAUACAGAAUCCAUGCUGGCAAGACUGUGCCAAUUGUGAAAGGGGGAGAGGCAACCAGAAUGGAGGAACUUGAGUUCUAUGCUAUUGAAACUUUUGGCAGUACAGGAAAAGGUGUUGUUCAUGAUGACAUGGAAUGUUCUCAUUAUAUGAAGAAUUUUGAAGUUGGGCAUGUCCCACUUAGGGUGGCCAAGUCAAAGCAACUGCUGAAUGUCAUUAACCAAAAUUUUGGCACUUUAGCAUUUUGUCGCCGCUGGCUAGACCGCCUUGGACAGACCAAGUAUCUGAUGGCUCUCAAGAACCUCUGCGAUUCAGGCAUUGUUGUCCCUUACCCCCCACUUUGUGAUGUCAAGGGCUGCUACACGGCACAAUUUGAACACACCAUACUGCUGCGGCCAACCUGCAAGGAAAUCAUCACUCGCGGACCAGAUUACUGA